CUUAGUGAGAGCCAACCUGCACGAGCGCAAACCAACAUGAUGUCAAGACAGCAGAGCCGAUUCCAGGCUGAAAUGGAGAUUGUUAAGAGCACGAAGAAACUGAGCCCUGAGGAGAGAAGGAGGGAGCUAAGGAGAGAAAUGUUUCGAGAGCUGAGGGAGUUGGAGAUGGAGCGCAGAGCAAGAGUUGCUCUGGAGGAGCUUCAAAGGAGCAAUAGGGAGAAAGAGGAGAGCAAGAAAGAGGCCGAAAGACUGAAAAAGGAAAACAAAAGAGCUGAAGAGGAGAGGAGGAGGCUGGAGGCCAAACAGAGAAAGGAAGAGAAGAGGAGGGCAGAGGAGCAAAUGGCCCUCGAGAAACAAAAGCAGGAGCAACUGCAGAAGGAGAAGCUUCAGUGGAAGAGGGUGAUGAUGGUGGAGGAGGUGCCCAUCAUAGCGCCCACAUUUACUCAAAGUGAUCUGAGGAGGGAGCAGCAGAGGAGACACGACGAGGCUGAGCAAAGAGAGGCGGUCACAGUUGACAUAAAGUGCCUGGACUCUGAGGUGAAGAGCUGGGAGCAGAACAAACAAAAGAUUCUGAUCAACAACUGGGAUGAAGAUGAGCUCCAUUCAACCGACUCCACCCGCUGCCCCUCUGUUUUUAAGUUUUUAAAGACACAGAAAUCCCCUAAGCCCCUGCAGUGGGUGUGGAAGAGAGUGAGGUUUGGACAUGGCUCUGAGAAAAAACAGGCUGAGAUGGAGAAGAGGAUGGCGAUUUGCAGGCUCAAAGAGCGCUACCAAAAUUUGGAGACCAAGGACAGACGCUGGGACCAUCUGGCUGAUCAGAGUGAUGGUUACCACAUGUCCAGAAACAGCAUCCUAAAAAAAUCCAUCUUCUGAAUGGAACCGAAGCUGCUCAACACCCACUCCUUUUCUCUUUCUAUGAUAUGAACUAAUAUAAUAAACCUGCACUGCACUG